GGCAGGGGCGGCGGCGGCGGGGCCCGGAUGGGAGCCCGGGCCGGCGGCGGCGGCGCCCAUGGACACUAACCGCCCGGGCGCGUUCGUGCUGAGCAGUGCCCCGCUGGCCGCGCUGCACAACAUGGCCGAGAUGAAGACGUCGCUGUUCCCCUACGCGCUGCAGGGUCCGGCCGGCUUCAAGGCGCCCGCGCUGGGGGGCCUGGGCGCGCAGCUCCCGCUCGGGACCCCGCACGGCAUCAGCGACAUCCUGGGCCGGCCCGUGGGCGCGGCGGGCGGGGGCCUCCUAGGGGGACUGCCCCGGCUCAACGGGCUCGCCUCGUCCGCCGGCGUCUACUUUGGACCCGCGGCCGCCGUGACGCGCGGCUACCCCAAGCCCCUGGCCGAGCUGCCCGGGCGCCCGCCCAUCUUCUGGCCCGGCGUGGUGCAGGGCGCGCCGUGGAGGGACCCGCGUCUGGCCGGCCCGGCCCCAGCCAGCGGCGUCCUGGACAAGGACGGGAAGAAGAAGCACUCGCGCCCGACCUUCUCGGGCCAGCAGAUCUUCGCGCUGGAGAAAACCUUCGAGCAAACCAAGUACCUGGCGGGCCCGGAGCGCGCGCGUCUCGCCUACUCGCUGGGCAUGACCGAGAGCCAGGUGAAGGUCUGGUUCCAGAACCGCCGGACCAAGUGGCGCAAGCGGCACGCGGCGGAGAUGGCGUCGGCCAAGAAGAAGCAGGACUCCGACGCCGAGAAGCUGAAGGUGGGCGGCUCGGACGCGGAGGACGACGACGAAUACAACCGGCCCCUGGACCCCAACUCGGACGACGAGAAGAUCACGCGGCUGCUCAAGAAGCACAAACCCUCGAACUUGGCGCUGGUCAGCCCGUGCGGCGGCGGCGCGGGGGACGCCUUGUGAGGACGCGCGGGGUGGGGGCGAGUCUAUUUUUGCAGAAUCCGGGGGCGGCCCCGGUGGGCGCGAGUCGCUUUGUAUCAUCAAUAAAUUAUUUAACGCGUC